AUGGUUUUGAUGGGUUUCAAGCGCACUUUUGACGCUGCGGAUGUGCAAGAGCACAACGUGAAGCAAGAAACACAGAUUAGCUAUUGCAAUAAGCUGGCCAAACUCGAUGAAGGAGUUGUUCCGUAUCGUUUCUCACUGGAGAAGUCGAAUGUUGUCAUAGGAGAUGAUCCCAUUCCCAGUGAUCUCUACGGGUUUAAAUGUGGGGACUAUGUUGAGAAGGGCUUUGAGAGCAACGCACCUUUCUCUUGGAUCACAUCCGGUUUUGAGGAGGAUGCUCUCUCUGGCGCGACGACUCAGUCCACGCUUUCUCAUGAAUCUCCUGAGUCAGAUUCCCCCUGGAGACCAGUUUGCCCAGCGGAUGAUGUUGAGUGGUGUCAGAUGUCUCCUAGGAGACCAGUUCCAAUCGGGUCGGAGUACCAGGCUGUUAUUCCUGAAUAUGUCAAGGAAGAAGUCAGGGAUGACGCUGUUGAUCACGAUGAAGAACAAGCGAUGGGGAAGUGCGUGAUUCCGAUGCCUGACAGUGAAACCGAGGUUUGCAAAACCGGUGAAGGAAGAAACGAAUGCAUUUGCCUUGAUAAAGGAUCCAUCAGAUGUGUGCAGCAGCAUAUCAUGGAAAACAGAGAGGAGUUGUUUGAUGCUCUUGGGUAUGAAAGAUGCGUGAACAUAGGUCUCGGUGAAAUGGGGGAGGAAGUCGCUGGUAAGCUAACUGAAGACGAGGAAGAUCAAUUCCACGAGAUUGUUUACUCCAAUCCGGUUUCUCUGGACCGAGAUUUCUGGAAGCACCUGAAGUCUGCGUUCCCUUCACGGACCAUGAAGGAGAUUGUGAGCUAUUACUUCAAUGUCUUCAUCCUCCGAAGACGAGCUGUCCAGAACCGGUCUAAAAGCCUAGACGUUGAUAGUGACGACGACGAGUGGCAAGUAGAGUAUGACAACACCUUUGAUGGUGCUGAAACUCCGGAUGAGAAAACUGGAAAAGGACUCUCAAGAGACGAAGAAGAAGAAGAAGAAGAGGUGAAUGCUGAAGAAGAUUCUUGCAUGUCUUAUGACUUCCAGUCCAAUGUGAUGUACUCUCGAUGUCCAGUUAGAAACAGAGAAGAAUCCGACGUUGGGAACUACUGGCGCCACUGCAAUGAUCUUGUGGAUCAUUCGUAUUCAUUCGAUCCUUGUGAUUCAAUACUGCCGGAUCAUUGGAGCAGCAACUUUGAUCUUCUUCCAACUUCAAACAUCAUCGACGAGAUCUUCGGCCAAGACCCAUGGGAUGAUUUCUCUAGGGGAAAAACAGAGACUCUUAACGAUCUGCAAGUAGGAACAAACAGAGGACGUGACGUGGCGGCUGAUUACUUCUCCUUCUCCGACGGGUCUCCCUUCAUCUCUAGAUCGUUUAAACGAUCUUUGUCACGGAUGUUUGGAUUUUUCAAAUCUCCGGGGAACAACAAGGUUCCCAACGAAUCAGCAAACAAAGGAGGAACAAUCAAUGUAGGAAGAAGAACUUCUUCAGAACCAAUCCUGAUAACACCAGAUUUCGACGAAGAAGACAAAUACAAGAACGGCUUCCGCGAUUCUGGUGGUCUGCAGAGCCAAACGACAGAAGAAUUAGAGAACUAUGCGGUUUAUAAAGCCGAAGAAACGACCAAAGGCGUGAACAACUGUCUUAAGAUCGCUGAAGAUAUAAGAUCUGAUGCCACAAGGACGCUCGAAAUGUUGCACACGCAAGGUGAACAGAUCAACAGGACUCAUGUUAUGGCUGUUGAAAUGGAUAAAGAUCUCAGUCGGGGAGAGAAGCUUUUGAACAACUUAGGAGGAAUGUUCUCUAAGCCAUGGAAGCCGAAGAAGACUAAAGAUAUCGCAGGACCUAUGAUCACACCAGAUAAACCGUCGAAGAAGAGCGGAAAUAACAAGGAAGAGCGGGAUAAACUCGGUUUGGGAGGGAAAGGAAGAUCGAGCAGCCAACCGCCACCAUUAGACCAACCAUCAAACGCGUUGCAGAAAGUCGAGCAAGAGAAGGCAAAGCAAGACGAUGGACUUUCAGAUUUAAGCGACAUUUUGGGUGAUCUUAAGAGCAUGGCCGUUGAUAUGGGAUCUGAGCUCAACAAGCAAAACAAGGCUCUUGAUCAUCUCGGCGACGAUGUUGAUGAGCUUAACUCUCGUGUUAAAGGAGCUAAUCAACGGGCACGUCACUUGCUUUCCAAAUAAACAACACCUUCCAUGCAAAAAUUACUACUAUUCCUAUACGUAUUUCCUCUCUUUAUGUUCUUCGUACAAUUCAAAUUUUCUUCCUUGUUCAUUCUUUGCUGUAUAUAUUUGUCAAAUUUUAAGUCAUUUGAUUCAAUAUCCCCGCGAAAGCAAAUAUUUUUCAGCAAUUCAAUAAGUGUAUUUAGUCCUAAUUCAACCCGAU